AUGUCGGACCAAAAGCCCGUCGAACAGGUCCCCGCGGCCGAGCCCGAGAAGCUCCAGGAAGCUGCCGUGGUAGCUUCGGAAGCUCCUGAAGCUAGCGACAAGCCUUCGGAAACGCCCGCGGCUGCAACCACCGAGACUACCGACAAGGAAGCCGAGCCCAAGGCUGAGGAGGCUGUCCACGAUACUCCAGCCAAGGUGGAAGAGCCCGUGAACGAUGCGCCCGUUGCCCCUGAGCCCGAAGCGGCCAAACCUGAGGAGCAGAAGCCCGAGCAGCCCGCAUACCUGACCAAGAUCCCCGGUCUGGCCCAGUUGUUCGAACAGCUGCCUAAGAUCCUCAACGAGACUAGCUACAAUGAAAUGUGGGGCGUGCAGCUCAAGGACAGCGAGGAUGUGCCUACCGUCAAUGUGCUGAUCAAGUUCCUCCGUGCCAACGAGGGCAACGUCCAGGGUGCUCAGGAUCAACUGCGCAAGGCUCUUGAAUGGCGCAAGAAGACCGAUCCUCUGGCUUUGGUCGAGUCUGGCCGUUACAGUGCCACCAAGUACGGUGGUCUCGGCUACCUGACAACCUAUGAGCAGGAUGGACGCCCUCUGGUGUUCACCUGGAACAUCUACGGUGCCGUGAAGGAUGUUAGCGCCACUUUUGGCGACUCCGACGAGUUUGUCAAAUGGCGCGCCGCCCUUAUGGAACUCGCCGUUCAGGACCUGAAGAUGAAGGAUGCCACCGAGGUCAUCGACUAUGACGGCGAGAAGGAUCCUUAUCAGAUGAUCCAGGUUCACGACUACCUGAACGUCAAGUUCUUGCGUAUGGAUCCCGCCGUUCGUGCCGCCACCAAGAAGACCAUUGAUGUCUUCUCUACUGCCUACCCCGAGCUGCUGCGCGAGAAGUUCUUCGUCAACGUCCCUACCAUCAUGGGCUGGAUGUUCUCCGCCAUGAAGCUGUUCCUCAGCCGCAACACUACCCGCAAGUUCCACCCGAUCUCCAACGGCGCGAACCUCGCCCGUGAGUUCCCCGCGGCCAUUGCGGACAAGAUCCCCAAGACCUACGGUGGAAAGGGUGCUGAACUGAAGGACGAGGCACGAACUGUCCAACUUGUGGAGGACAAGGUGGAGAAGGAGGAUAAGAAGGAUGAGGCCAAGCCAGUCGAAGCCACCGAGGAGACUGCCGCCCCCGCUGAUGAGAAGCCCGUUACGGAGGAGGCUCCCAAGGAAGAGGCUGCUAAAGAAGAGACUGCUAAGGAAGAGCCUGUUAAGGCAGAGGCUCCCAAGGAGGAGCCCGUUAAGGAGGAAGUUCAUGUCCAGGUGGGGGCCACUAAUACCGAGCAGACUACUGAGAAGGAGGUGCUCAAGGAGGAGAUCAAACCUGUUGCUGAGGAGGCCAAGUAA